CAGCAUAGAGGAUUACGCUGUCCCCGCUGCCGCUGACGGUACCGGGAUUGUUCUUAUCACCGCAGCGGUUCCCUCGGUGUAUGGCACUGACAGGAGCCAGGAUGUCCCGCUCGGAGGAGGUGAACCGGCUCACUGAGAAUGUCUACAAGACUAUUAUGGAACAAUUUAACCCUUGCCUUAGGAAUUUCAUUGCCAUGGGGAAGAACUACGAGAAAGCCUUGGCAAGUGUAACGUUUGCAGCAAAAGGCUACUUUGAUGCCCUGGUAAAAAUGGGAGAAUUGGCCAGUGAAAGUCAAGGCUCUAAAGAACUUGGGGAUGUCCUCUUCCAGAUGGCAGAGGUCCACCGGCAAAUCCAGAAUCAGUUAGAAGAAAUGCUGAAGUCUUUUCACAAUGAGUUACUCACACAACUCGAACAGAAAGUGGAGCUGGAUGCCCGGUACCUAAAUGCUGCUCUGAAAAAAUACCAAGUGGAACAGAAGAACAAAGGGGAUGCCCUGGAGAAGUGUCAAGGAGAGCUGAAGAAACUGAGGAAAAAGAGCCAAGGCAGCAAAAACCCUCAGAAAUAUUCAGACAAAGAAAUGCAGUAUAUUGAAGCCAUCAGCAACAAGCAGAGCGAGCUGGAGAACUUUGUAUCUGACGGGUAUAAGACUGCGCUGACGGAAGAGCGGAGGAGGUACUGCUUCCUGGUGGAGAAGCAAUGUGCCGUGGCCAAGAACUCCGUCGCUUAUCAUGGCAAGGGUAAGGAUCUGCUGGCCCAGAAGGUUCCUGCCUGGCAACAAGCCAGUGUCGAUCCUAACAAGAUCCCAGACAGAGCUUUACAGAUCAUGCAGCAAAUGGCUACUGGCCCCAAUGGUACAAUUUUAUCAGGACCAUUAUCCGGACCUCUGACCAACUCAAAAUCCAGUCUUUCCAUAUCGGACCCUAUACCAGGUGCCAAACCACUGCCGGUGCCCCCAGAGCUCGCCCCUUUUGUUGGGAGAAUGUCCGCACAGGAGGGCACGCCCAUUAUGAACGGGGUCACAGGACCACCUCCUAGCAGUUAUGAGCACUGGGGAGACAUGAAGCCAAUCCAGUCAAAAAUUUCACCAUCUCAGCCUCACAAGCAGAUAAGCGACUCGUACUCAAACACCCUCCCAGCCCGCAAGAGCGUCCCACCCAAAAACAGCUACACCGUGGCCGAGAACAAGACUUUGCCCCGUUCCAGCUCCAUGGCUGCCGGAUUAGAAAAAAACGGUAGGACACGAGUGCAGGCCAUCUUCUCACAUGCCGCCGGAGACAACAGCACAUUAUUGAGCUUCAGCAAUGGCGACUACAUCACUCUGCUGGUGCCCGAAGCAAGAGACGGCUGGCACUACGGAGAGAGCGAGAAGACAAAAUUGCGAGGAUGGUUCCCUUUCUCCUACACAAGAGUGUUGGACCGUGGAGGCACAGGAGAUCGUUCACCAAAUUUACAUCCUGGGAAGAGCAGCAGCACUGGGAAUUUGCUGGACAAAGAUGACCUCUCCAUACCUCCUCCAGACUACAACAUGGCCUCCCGCGGAUUCCCUCCACAGGCUGUGAGCUCUUUCAAACCCCGACCAUACAGCGUGGCUGCACCGGUCUUUUCACAGGGUUUAGAUGACUACGGGACAGCGCGUUCCACAAACAGCUUGGAAGCAGAAGUUGCACGGUUUUGAGAGGUCUCUGCACUUAAAAUCCAUUUCUUGAAGUCCAAUUGAAACCCACCGUCACUAACGACCGCUCUGCGCCUCUUGUGAACUGACCUACCUGGGCCGGUCUUGUCUAUACGUGGUGCAACAGGUCUCCUCUCUGCUUUGGUGGUGGAACGAAGUUUGGUGUAUACUGAAGACUGGCGGUCAGUUGGAUGUGUCGCCGCCUCCUCCUCUUUACUGGAUCCCAAUAUAUGCUAGAUCUAUACGACUUCUAUGUAGAAGGUCAAAAUGUGCAUGGUAAAUAUGUCUAGCAGUGGUGGGGGAGGCACAUGGAGCUUCAAGCUUUAUCAUCACUCCAUGAUAUCGGACCACCUCCAACCUAUAGGUGAUCACUCUAAUUAUGGAGACUAGAUAUGGAUAUUUUAUGGUGAGAUGCAUAAUCACAAGACUGUUCAGCAAUCGCCCGUAAAACAGUGGAUCCUUUACAAAGAGCGGAGGCAGCCAUUUUGUUUGUUGGUGAUAUCAGUCUUUUGUGAUGUUACUAGUCCAGCCCCAAAAUAGCUGCCUCCAGUCUACUUCAUGUAUGGAUCCCUGUAUGGUGACCAGUGAGACUAUACAAUAUGACAGGUGCACAUAUGUAUGUAUCUUAGUUAUGCGCUAUAGAAUGGAUAUAGCUUUUAAUAACCUGCGGUGACAGCUCGGCAGGACGUCUUCACGUAGCGAAUGCUUGAGCCCAGUGUUAUGUACCCCCCCCCCCCCCACUAAAUGUUUGAAGGGGCCGGCCCCUGGAGUUUUAAAGGAGGGGGUAUUGCUUAUAUUCUUCCAUUUUUAAUUUUACCACAAAUACUUAUUCUGAAUUGUAUGAUUUUAUUCAUAUACUAUUUAUUUGCUGGGCAAUGCUAUCUUACUGCAGACGUUCACCGUCACGUUGAGCCAUAUUGUAGUACUGUUAACGUAAGGGGACAACUUUCUGAAAAUCUGCAUUAAACGGGUUGUACAGGAUUAACAAAGCAUGGUUACUUCCUUCCAGAAACGGCACCACCCCUGUCCACAGGUUGUAUGUGGUAUUGCAGCAGAGCUCCACAGAAAUGCAAUACCGGACCCAACCUGUGGACAGUUCCGGCCCUGUUCUGGAAGAGAGGAUGUAUUUUCUAAUUCCGUAAAGCCUCUUUUUAAAUAUUUAUAGGCUAUGUACACCUUCAGGGGCAAUUUUUUUUUUUAUGAUUGCAUUUUUGGGCUAAAAAAAUAAUUUCUUCAAUUGGUCUUUAUUAAAAAUAUUGAGCUAUUCUGUCACAAAGGGUUAACUGUGUAGCUGUGAGAAUCUUACUUUCACUUUGUGUCGAUCAUCUAAUAAACCUUAUCUCUAAAUUACCAAAAGGUCAUAAACACUUCUUUAAGCCACAUUUCUUAUCACUAAGGGUGGGUUCACAUCACGCUUUAUGCCUCCGUUUAAUGUACACGUUAGGAAAAAAAGAAUACAAAAACUCAGCACACCACGUUCCUAUAUCCUGCGCAGUCUGGUAUUUUACAGUGGAACUCUAUGGUGAAUGGAUACCACUGUAUGUCAUCAGUUAACGUAUAUGUUUUUUGUAUAUGUUAAAUGGAUAAGAAUUAAGCUAUAGUGAGUCUUUAUAAGGUCAGAGAUAAGGAGCCGUCAGCUGAACUGCCUGACGGAACAAAGUAAAAAUUCAGAGCCUGCUACUAGAGAAUCUCAAGGCUGCACAGAGAAAGGGGCUUAAAAUGUAUAAUAAAGACCAACUGAAAAAAAGGCAUACAUAGCCUUUUAAAUUUCUUAUUCCUCCAUGAUGGCAUUUUUUUUUUAUGAGUUUUUAAGCCUUUUGUCCCCAUGACAGCACUUCUUGCCCUUGUGCUCUCUCAUUGUUACCAUAACAACCACUCAGAAUCCACCUUUUUUUUUGUGAAAGUAAGAUAAAGGAAGUAACAAAAUGGUCACUAUAGAGCCUAUGAUUACACUGCUGCCAGGAAGUAUUGCCAUAGGGACACAGAUUCAAAAUCUCUGCAGCUGCAACCAUGUGAGAAAUAUUUGAAUAUGUAACUCUGUAAACUCUGCUUUUAUCUAGAUCCUCUGGCAGCUCUCUAAUAAAGGGGUUAUAUAUUUUUGCUCCAUUGCGGAUGUCGCCACUUGAGUGCAAUUUUUUUUAAAAUCUCUAAAUGUGUCAAUGAUUUCUUCCAAAUCCUCAGCAGAGCCAUAGAUUUAUACCAUAACAUGUCACCACUAGAGGGAGCCAGUUGUAUAUUGAAUAACACAGUAUGCAGUCGGCUCCCUUUGGUGGCAACAGAUAUGAGCAGUUAUCACGUAACUAUCUUUCCUGAUACAGAGCUCCAGAUCCUCUUGGAGAUAUAGAAAGGAAGAAAUUAACACAGAAUUUCAGACUUAAGAACAACAUGAUGCUAAAAGGAGAACUGUUCUCGGCACAAGUGCGUGUAUAUCGGGCGUAUGGAGGUGGGCAACUAAGCCACUUUGCCCUUGUACUAGUUUUGAGGAAUCUCCCCCGAUGCCUUUAUGAUGUCACUAGUUUUCCGCAAAUUGGAAAGGCUGAAAAUUUCCUACAAAAUGGCCGCUCCCAUUGUUGCUGGUAAAGUAAUGACUAUAUCCUGUACAUACAGUAGGCCGGCAUAGACUUAAUCAAUAAAUAAAUAUAUAUAUAUCCCCAUGCAUAUACAGAUGCUGGACUGGAGCCACUGACGCAUACUCUUCUCGGGAUUCAUGGCGUCUGCGAGCGGAGUAACCGCGCAGUUUGUGUCUGUUGUAAAUUUGCUAAAUUAUCUUAUUGUAUAAUUGAUUUUAUUUUAUUGUACAGCACAAAGAAUGUGAGUCUAAUAAAGAGUUUUAAUCACUGAG